AACCAGAAAAAUGCUUUUGCCCGACCUUGUGCGGAACAAUGCAAGUGCAGCCAAACAUAGCUAUAGCUAGAUCAGGACCACUUGUUGAUGAUGAGUUCCAGAAAUCGUAACAACCUUCCUAAUAACCUAGCGCAAUUGCAGAAUCUAAUUAAAAGAGACCCAGAAUCUUACAGAGAAGAAUUUUUGCAACAAUGGCGCCAUUUUCAGUCAAACCUGGAAAUUUUUAAGUUGGACCCGUCGAAGCCAUCAGAAGUUGUAUCAGAUAUAUCAAUGUUUAUAGCUCAGGUUGGUGGUUGUUAUGAAGCUGAAAUUACAUCAUUUCCAAUAGAUGUAGUUAAUCUGUUGGCACACCAUUACUCAGUAAUGUGUCCAGAGUUACGAAUGACUAUGUGCAAAGCAUUAAUGCUCCUGAGAAAUAAAAAUUUGGUGUCGCCAUUAGAAGUCUUGGAAUUGUUUUUUAAGCUUUUAAGAGCCAAAGAUAAGUUAUUGAGGAAAACGUUGUAUUCACACAUUGUGACUGAUGUCAAGAAUAUUAAUGCAAAGCAUAAAAAUAACAAAGUGAAUACUGUGUUGCAAAAUUACAUGUUCUCGAUGUUAAAUGAAUCUCACUCCAUUGCCGCCAAAACAUCAUUAGAUAUCAUGAUUGAACUUUAUAGACGAAAUGUCUGGAAUGAUGUCAAAACUGUAAAUGUUAUUGUCACUGCAUGUUAUUCUAAAAUAACAAAGGUGAUGGUUGCAGCGCUGAAAUUCUUUUUGGGAAGUGAUACUCCUGAAGAAGCUAAGGAUAGUGAUUCAGAAAGUGAGGAUGAAGAGUUAAAAGCAAAAAAGUUAAUGACUGCAAGCCAAGUGAGCAAAAAAACUGGUAAAAAAGCUAGAAAGUUAGAAAAGGCAUUGUCGUUGUUACGAAAAUCAAAAAUGAAACAGAAACCUGUCAGUUUCAACUUCUCUGCUAUUCAUUUAAUCAAUGACCCACAAGGCUUUGCAGAAAAACUUUUUAAACAGGUAGAGCACUCUGCAGACAGAUUUGAAGUCAAACUGAUGGUGUUGAAUUUGAUUGCAAGACUGGUGGGUCUACAUGAAUUAAUAUUACUUAACUAUUACCCAUUCCUUCAGAGGUUUCUUCAACCACACCAACGAGAGGUGACAAAGUUGCUUAUGUUUGCUGCUCAAUCUGCCCACGAAAUGGUUCCACCAGAUGCAAUUGAACCAGUAUUAAUGACUAUUGCCAAUAACUUCGUGUCAGAAAGAAAUUCAAAUGAGGUCAUGGCUGUGGGAUUAAAUGGAAUAAGAGAAAUUUGCUCAAGAUGUCCUUUAGCGAUGACUCCUGAUUUAUUGCAAGAUUUGGUGCAAUACAAGAAUGCAAAAAACAAAACAGUCAUGAUGGCUGCCAGAUCCCUGAUGCAAUUGUACAGAAAUGUUGAUCCAACUUUAUUGCACAAAAAGGACAGAGGAAAACCAGUGGAAAGUCCAUCAACUGCUGUUAGUAAAAAUAUGAAAAAAGAAUUUGCUGCUGUUGAUGCACCAUCUUUUGUUCCAGGGGCAGAUCUUCUCAUAGAUCAUGUCAAUGUUGAUGACGACGAAGAUAUAAAGGAGGGCAGUAGAGAUGAAUGGCUAACUGAUGAAGACGAUAGGGACAGUGAUGGUAGUGGCGAAUGGAUUGAUGUAUCUCAUUCUGAAGAUGAUCAUGACAAUGUCAAUGAUGAUAAGGAGGAUAGUGAAAAGGAGCAUGAUAACAUUGAAGGUGAUAAGAAGAAAGCUGAAAUGGUUAGUCUCACAAGAAUUCUAACUGAUGAGGAUUUCAAGAAAAUUCAAGAGAAAUCCAUAACCAAACAAAUGGAUGGGAAAAGCAGAAAGCGAAAGAGCACCACCCUAGGUUCACAACACAGAGAAAGAGACGAACUUGUGGAUUUAUCAAAUAUUGAGAACGUGCAUAAAAAGAUGAGACAUGAUAAAGAAUCACGAUUGGCGACUGUUCUAGCAGGUCGCGAAGGUAGGGAAAAGUUUAGCAAACCAAAAUCGAAAAGACAAAACGAGAAUGCAAGUACGACAAACAAGGAAAAACUCAAACAUAAACCCUUCAUGAUGAUCAGUCACAGCAGCAAGUCUCGCGCCAAAGGUAAAAAAUCAUUUCGAGAGAAGCAAGUAGCAUUACGAGAUGCUCUCUUAAAAAGAGAAGGAAGGGGUAGAAACAAUAAGAAAAAAUAAAAUAAUUUUGUUUUGAUGAUUUAUAAACCAACAAUUAUUUUUGGCACGAAUUAGCAUGUUUUUAAUAUAAAAGAAACAAUAUAUUUAA